AUGGUCGAUAUCGAGAAGACUCCCUUUGUAAGGGACCUAGCAUCCAGCGACCGCAAAGUCCGCGACAAAGCCCUCGAGUCUCUGACUCUAUUCCUGCGCUCGCGCAACGACCUGAGCGUGCUCGACCUGCUCAAGCUCUGGAAGGGCCUUUUCUUUUGUUUCUACCACUCCGACCGACCCCUCACCCAGCAAGCCCUCGCCCGGGCUCUUUCGUACUCCCUGGUGCCUUCUCUUCCCCAUGCCACACUGCACCGCUUCCUGCGCGCUUUCUGGAUUACUAUCGGCCGGGACUUCCACUCGAUCGACCGGCUGCGCUUGGAUAAGUACCUCUUCUUAAUCCGUUGCUAUGUCGGCGUCGCAUUCGAGGUGUUCCUAAAGAACGGCGGCAAGAGCGCACCCGUCGACGGGAAGAAGCGCAAGCGUGAAGACGCAGGCAAGAAGGGCUGGGGUAAGAAGCAAAAGAAGGAGGCGGAGGAGGAUGCGGCUGCGCAGGAAGAGGAUGUCGAGGCGGAGGAGGGCAAGUGGGCUGAUCUUGCGGCUUAUAUCUCUAUCAUCGAGGAAGGGCCUCUUUGCCCGGUGAACUUUGAUCCGGAUCAGUCGGAUCAUGAGGAGGAGGAUGAAGAUUUUGUUCCUAUGCCGCAUGGCCCUGAUGGGUUGCGGUAUCACAUCAUUGAUAUUUGGAUUGAUGAAUUGGAGAAGGUUUUGGAGUUUGAGGAGAACGAGGACGGAGACCGCAAGAUCAAGGGCGAUGUGCCGAUGGAAUGGAUUCUUCAGCCUCUGGAGACCCUGCGCACAGAUAGUCCGUAUAAACCGGUGCGUGCGAGAGCUGCCGAGGCGCUGAACGAUGACCGGUUGGUUGAGUGGGGAAUCCGGGCUCGGGAGCCCGAGGCAAAGGAUGAGGAUGAAGAAGAAAGUGACGGAGAAUGGGGUGGUUUUGACGAUUAA